CUAUCGAAUCUAUCGAUCCUCGUAUCCAACCACUGAUAGAGGCUCUACAUAAUCUGACGGCGCAUAUAACUUCAGCAAAGGCAUAAGCUUGAUCUUUUGGUCGCCCGAAAAACCGAGCUCCGGUGGCCAGAAUGGCGGGAGCAACAGCGGUGGUGGCGUUUGACUUUGACCGAACGAUCAUCGACGGUGAUAGCGACAAUUGGGUAAUCACAGAGAUGGGUCUCACCCGCCUCUUCAACGAGCUCCGCUCUACCUUGCCUUGGAACUCUCUUAUGGAUAGGAUGAUGAAGGAGCUACACUUACAAGGCAAAACUGCCGAGGACAUUAUGGAGUGCCUGAAACGGACUCCGUUGGACCCGUGUAUUGUCUCGGCUAUUAGAGCAGCUCAUGCUCUUGGAUGUGACUUGAUUGUAAUUAGCGAUGCGAACCGGUUUUACAUUGAGGCAAUCUUGGAGCAUCAUGGUCUAUUGGGGUGCUUUUCUGUGAUUUACACAAACCCAAGUUUUGUGGAUGAAGAGGGACGGCUUAGGAUCUUUCCCUUUCAUGAUUCAAGUUCAUCUCCUCACGGUUGCAAAUUGUGCCCUUCACAUAUGUGCAAGGGUCUGGUGAUUGGCCAAAUCCAAGCUUCUGUUUCUGAAAGUGGCAAAAAAAGAUUCAUUUACCUUGGAGAUGGUAAUGGCGAUUAUUGCCCAACUCUGAAGCUUGGGGAAAGCGAUUAUGUGAUGCCAAGGAAGAAUUAUCCUCUGUGGAACCGUAUUUGUAGCAAUCCAACACUAAUCAAGGCACAAGUCCAUGAAUGGAGCACUGGAGAGGAGCUGGAGAGAGUCCUACAACACCUUAUUGAUACAAUUGUCAUCUAAGAAAACAUCAGCAGUGGUAAGGCCAAUCAGUCUUAACUCAUCCAAUUGCAAAUUUGAGACACUGCGAAUCCUCACCAGGAGGGACUCCCUCAAACACUUCCUGUUCCUCACUUGCAAUUUGUCUUCCGAAUUGUGUCAAUGGCAGAAAAAGGGCAUUUACUAUGAGAUCGUUUUCCCUGUGUAAUUGCAUGAUUUCAUAAUUAAAUGACAAAAGAGUAAAUAUUUGAAGAGCUAUAACUUCUUA